UGCAUUUGAACAAACACGUCGGCUCGAUAGCGCGUGCGCGCCCACCCACACACGUCGAAGUGAACGCGCGUUAAACACAGUACACUAUCGUCGUUAAACAGUGGUUCUACGCACACUUCAUAAUAUUAUUAUUAUUUAAACGUCGCACAAAACUGUUAUUAUAUUAAUAUUAAAAUUAUUAUUUACCGAUUGAACAAUAUUAUCAUGCUGGUACCCGGCGAAUUUCCUACGGCUACCCGCGGGUCACCGACUCCGUACCCGCUGCAGUCGUGCGAGUGACGACUAUCCCCGCUGGCACCCACCGCCCGACAUUGACGUCCGCCGACUUGUUGGACUCGGUGCAACGAUGACCGCCACCCGAUACUUUACCGUGGACUCGGUGGUCCAACCGGUACAGCCGGCAGCCUCCACCGCAGCCACGACGACUGCAGACUCCUCCACCGCAGCUCCGAGCGCCGGACGCGGUGGUAUCGUGCAGGUCGUGGCCGGUUGUAACCGCGAUCGUGACCAAACCGCUACCACAACCGCAUCUUCGUCUCCGCUCCAGCCCGCCGUGGACCAUCGACCGACGUCCGUCAAUCACCUUCCACUUUUGACGACGACUACGCACUCGUCGUCCGGUGACGCUCAACGACAACAGUUACACCGGAAACGAUAUUCCGUCACUGACUUGAUGGACAAACUUCUGGAAGACAUUUACAGAGUAGGUGGUAGCAGCGUGGCCUCCGAAUCGUCGACAGACCAGACGAAUUGGAGUGACGGCGGCGGUAGGCCAACGAUCGCCACGAACGAAGGAUGGUCCAAGAGACUGACAAGAAAAAGUGUGGAAGAGCUGUCUACCACUGUUGACUUGCUCAGAGACCAGUUGAAUGUGUGCUGCGAAGCGCUUGUAAAGGCGCUGAAGAGGAGGGACAUUCUGAUUGCGCGCCGGGACGCCAAAUGCAACAUGAUAACGGCUCUGUUGCACGCGUACUCCAUGAAACGAAACCGUCCGGUGUUCGAACCGUCGCCGCCGUCAUCCCGUCCGGGCAAGUCGAGACCUGCGAAAUAUUCCUUAUCAAAACACAUUUUGAAGACGGGUGAUGUGAUGAAUGGUUUGCUCAACACGUUGAAGAACAUUGCCAGUCUCAGCGAAGACACCAAAAUGAGAUUCAACAUGAAACCUGGACCCGGUGACACAGACUUUGAACAGUGGCAGAGCGCUAUGAAAAUGGUCGCGAGACUUCCGGACGGCGUGCCACAUGAGUUCCGGAACACGUUAUGGUUGACUCUGGCGGAAAAAUACUUGUCGUCCAGGAACGUGGAGUGGCCCAAGGUGGAACGAUUUUGUUUCAACGACACGACCAACCCGGACGACGAGGAGUUGGGCGUGCAGAUCGUCAAGGACCUGCACCGGACCGGUUGUAGCCUGUUCUGCGGUUCGUCCGGACUGGAAAACCAAGCGCUGCUAAAACGGGUGCUGUUGGGGUUCGCUCGAUGGAACAAAGCAGUCGGAUACUGUCAGGGGUUCAAUAUGUUAGCAGCGCUCAUACUGCAAGUGAUGGAAAAAAACGAAUCCGACGCCCUAAAGGUAAUGAUAUACUUGAUCGAAGGUGUGCUUCCCGAAGGUUACUUUGCCAACAAUCUCCGUGGACUGUCUGUGGACAUGGCCGUGUUCAGAGACUUGCUGAGAGUCAGGCUGCAAAACCUAUCGAGACAUUUAGACCGGUUACAGACUGAAUCGAAGGACUCCGGAACCAGCUACGAACCACCCCUCACGAACGUAUUCACAAUGCAGUGGUUUCUCACGCUGUUUUGCAAUUGUCUUCCUCAGCGCACAGUGCUUCGGGUCUGGGAUUUAAUAUUUCUUGAAGGAAGCACAGUUCUUUUGAAAACCGCCUUAGCUAUCUGGGACGCUUUGUCCGACCGGAUAAUGACGGUGACAAGUGCAGAUGAAUUUUAUAGUAUUAUGGCUGUCCUCACCAGAGAAAUGCUUGAGUUCGGUUUAAUGGACGCCAACAAUUUAAUCAACACAAUCAGUACUAUGAACGAACUAGUCGAAGUCAAAGAACUCCGAGAAAGAUACAUGUACAAUAUAAAUCCGUGGGUGAGUCACGUGGCGAAACGAGGACUGCGAUUGUUCUACACAGAGUCUGACAUCGAGGAGACGGACAGCGAUGACGACAUCGAUGGUAAAUCUUCUUCGGUGGUCACUGCAAACAAUGACCGAAAGGACGGCUUCAGGACGAAACACAACAAAUCCGGUAGAAGCAAUAGGCAGCCGACUCCCAGUUUGGAAUCCGAAAGAGAAAAGGUGGCGUUAGACAUAUCUUCAUUGAAGAAACAGUACAGCAAACUCAAAGAAAGACAGAAACAGGUCCAAGUCAUUUUGACAGCUGCAUGUAACGGACAAAACUUUAUUGGGACCUCUAACUCUUCAGCGAUGAAUCAUUUACUGUUCGGCAAAACAGCUCUCAGAUGCACAUCGAUCGGCCCCAUACCCGGAUCCAUACCGUUAAAAUACAUCCAAGAUGUCAAGAAACCGGAACCCAAAACAGAACCACGAGUCCGAGAAAAACGGACCGUGUCGUCGUCAUCGUCUUCGUCUACGUCCACUGAACUCUGCGACGAUCCCGCGUCCGAUUGCUGCAGCGAACGGUCGGUGGAUGACGAUGGGUGCAACGGCCACGAUGAAGAUGGAGACGGAAAUUCUGAUCUGAUCGUCGACGUCGUUGUAAAAUGUCGUCUACCAGACGUAAAAUCCGGCAAUGACGAUGACAGUGACGUGAGUCUAGCCGAAAUGUUGAGAGCUAAUUCGGAACUGUUAAAGCGGAUGUGCAGAGGGAAAGCUCCGGCGGACGAUCCAGAAAUAGACUUGGAAGAACGGUUGCCGGACUUGAUCAACGACAUCGGCAUGCUUGGCGAAUCGUUGACCCCCGUAGAGACUUCGACCUCAGACGGCAACUUCCGAGACUUGUUUUCGAACGACUCUAUAACCACUGUCGAGAGUUCCACCGACAACUUCCGAGAUUUGUUAACGGGUGAAGCGCAAUCUGUAGCCGAGACUUCCGCCGACAGUGACUUCCGAGACAUUUUUGCGGACGAGUCAUUAUCUGCAGCUGAACGCGAUGAUCGAGUACUUCCGCCCCAGCAAUCGAAAGGAAUCCAAGACAACAUUGAGGAUUCCGCUACGCCGGCACCGAAACCAUUUGCUCCGUUCCCUUCGAAAGUCAGGCAGCCCAAACGGCUCGGCAUCGAGUUGGGUCUAUACCCGGACGGCUCGAAUUGAUUUCUUCCUUUUUCCGAUGGUUAAUUACAGAAUUUUAAAUUUUAAAAUAAAAACAAUCAUCAUUAAGUAUUUUUUUACAUAAAAUAAUUUUUUUUCGACGAUAUUUUAAAUAUUAUUAUAAUUUAUUAUUAUCGUCACGUCGUACGAGUAGGUCACAUAAUUUUUGUAAGCGACUGAUGCUUGAUCUUUUUAAAUGUUUUUGAAAAUUUUACCACACAUGUGAUAUUUUGUAAAAAAAAACCAAAUCCAAACGUUUCUUUUCGUAUAUAUAUUUAUUGGUAUUGAUAUUAUAUAAUAAACAUUACGAUUAAUAAUAAGAAUAUCAUAAUAUAUAAAUGGAUGAGUAUUAGUAUGACAUAUUAUUAUUAUUUAUGUAUAAUUAUUAACUACUAAUUAGCUUUAAAAAAUGUCGCCUAUCACAGUCAUCCUUGACACUUUCCAGUGAUUGAGCUUCAUUAUUUUUGUGUUCUGGAGUAUUUUUAUCAUAAACUUAUAUUAAUACUAUUAUAUAGGUAUUAUACAUAAUAUAUACAAGUUAUAUUUAUUUUUUGUGAAACGAAUAAUGAAUAAUGAAUAACAUAACAAUAUGA